UGCUCAACAUAUCAGAGAUAUUCAGAAGUGUAAGUCCAUUUACUGAAGUACUGUUCUUAAAGGUGCAGUGUGUAAGAUUUGGUGACAUCUAGUGGUGUGGUUGCAGAUUGCAACCAACUGAGUACCCCUCCACUCACUCCUCUCUUUACGAGACUGAGGUCACGUGGCCUCGCUCAGAAGUCAUCCUUACUGUCACGGUCCGGCUGUGUUCCCAGAGAACUUUGGACUUUUCUUGUUGAGACUUUCUUGUGUUGCAUCUUUUAGUGGAUUGUAAUGGUUCUGAUUUACCUGAAGGAUUUUAGUUUCUAGGUUUUGGGGUUUUUAUUUUAGAGCGGGUGAGCGGGUCGUCGUAUUUUCUGUUGAUUGCUGUUGAUUAUCCAGAUUUUGUGCACGUUAUAAUAAGUCGAUCAUUUUCAUUAAAUCUGAUUUUGUUCAUCGUAUUUUAUGAAUCUCAGGGUAUCAUUUUGGUAGCACGUCGGUUGGACAAGCGAACCGGACCCCGACCCCAACCUCUCAGCAGCUUUUAGAUUGUUUCCUGAAGUCACUUCACAUUCGUUUCCUGUUUUAUUUUGAUAGGUUCACUCCUCUUGUGUCUUGUUUGGUUUUUACUUCCUACCUUUGUGAUUGUCUGAUUUGUUCCACCUGUCUGUGUCUCAUCAUCCUGCUCCACCUUGUCGUCGCUCCUCGUCAUUUGCGUUUCUCCUCAUCCUGAUCCUGAUUCCUGAGCAACAGGAAGUCAGGCGGCGGCUGGCGGUACCACGGUUUAACACUCUGCAGCUCACGUUAGCACCGUUUUACCGGCGUGUCGGAGAACUACAGUGAAAGGCUCUCUCUAGAGUCAGAGUUUGGUUUGUCCGUUCUGGGCUCCUGUAGAAACAUGGAGGACGGCGUGGAGAGGACCCGCUCCCUAUGGAGAUAUAAACGCCUCAUUCUAAGUUUACUAACACACGGGUCCUUUAAGUACAAAUCUGAGGUAUUUGUUCUUUACUUGAGAAUUUAAUUUCUCCUUUACUUCAUCUCAGAGCGCUCUGUCCAUGUCGGGUCUGAUCCUCAUCGCUUUCGGUACCGGAGGAAUCAAACCCUGCGUGGCGGCGUUUGGCGGAGACCAGUUUGACGAGGAGAAUGUCAGCGAGAGGCAGAAAUUCUUCUCCAUUUUCUACAUGUCCAUCAACGCCGGGAGCCUCCUGUCCACCGUGAUCACGCCCGUACUGAGAGGUGAUGUUCAGUGCUUCGGUGGUGACUGCUACGCUCUGGCCUUCGGGGUUCCUGCAAUUCUGAUGAUUGUGGCUUUAGUUGUGUUCAUCGCUGGCAGCGUUCUGUACAAGAGGAAUCCUCCCCAGGGAAACAUCCUGAUGGAAGUCUGCAACUGCAUCGGGUUUGCCAUCAAAAACCGCUGGAAGAGGGCGAAGUUUGACCCUCAGAGGACGCACUGGUUGGACUGGGCUGAGGACAAGUACUCGAAGCGUCUGAUCCAGGAGAUUAAGAUGGUUCUGCGGGUUCUGGUACUCUACAUCCCGCUGCCGAUGUUCUGGGCUCUGUUUGAUCAGCAGGGUUCCCGCUGGACGCUUCAGGCCACCAGGAUGAACAUGGCUUUUGGAGGUGCUUUCAUCAUCAAGCCUGACCAGAUGCAGAUGCUGAACGCUCUGCUGAUUCUCGUCUUCGUGCCCAUCUUUGACCUCAUCUUAUAUCCGCUCGUUGGCCGUUGCAGGAUCAACGUCACGCCUCUGAGGAAAAUGGCCACGGGGAUGAUCUUUGCAGGGCUGGCCUUCGUAGCGGCCACACUGGUGGAGGUGAACGUUGUGAGAACGGUGGUGAAUCCGGCUCCGGUGGGGAAAUGUCUCCUGCAGGUGUUUAACCUGGCCGAAGGUAAUGUGAAUGUGACAAUCCCUGGCAGCGACCUGUUUCCAGAGCCCAUCCAACGCCUUCAGGACCCUCCUAAAUAUGAGACGCUUCUACUGGCGACCCCCAGUGAGGAGCUGAAGAUUGGGGUCACCUUCAACGGAGAAAACUUUGAGUGUCAACACACGUUUAACCAACAGGAGGCCUACAGUCUCAUCUUGUACUCCAGCACCACCGGAUUCCACUGCAAACUGGUGGAUGACAACAUAAUGAAGAGCGGAGAUGGGAAUCCUCUCCUCAGGUUCCUCAACACACAGCCGGAGGCCAUAGACGUGAAGGUUGGAGAAGUGACUUUCCAGUUGCCCUCCGGUUACAGCAUGUCUCCUAACCAGACCGUGGACCGGGGACAAUACCCGGCCGUCAGCUGCAGCUCUCCGUCUAAGAGGUGCUCUCAUCUGGAUCUGGGUCUGCUGGACUUUGGAGCGUCCUACACCGUCGUCCUCACAGAGAGAUCAGGUCAAAUCGUGGCUAACAAGAUGGAGGAUGUGAAGGCCAACAACGUGCACAUCGCCUGGCAGAUCCCUCAGUACGUCCUCAUCACCAUGGGAGAGGUCAUGUUCUCCAUCACAGGCCUGGAGUUCUCCUACUCACAGGCUCCAGCCAACAUGAAGUCCGUCCUCCAGGCCGGCUGGCUGCUCACCGUGGCGUUCGGGAAUGUCAUCGUUCUGAUCGUGGCAGAGGGGGCGGGACUGGAUCAGUGGAAAGAGUUCCUGCUGUUCGCCAGCCUGCUGUUUGGCGUCUUCUUCAUCUUCUCCAUCAUGGCAUACUUCUACACCUACGUUGACGCCGAUCAGCUGGACAAGAUCUACCUGGAGGAUUCAGUGAAGGAGGAAAACCACGACAACGACGACGACGACGACGAUUACGACUUAAAAAAAAAAACUACCGACGUCCACCUGAGCAAGACGGGGAAGAGCACCAGACUGUAACCGUGACGACCGCCUUCGUCGCCAAUUUGGAUCAAAAGAACUGAUGAGUUGAUGAGAUGAAGGUACCCUGCUUUAUGUUUUCAUUCAACAUGUGAUCAAUGGACCUGAUCAGUCCGGUACCUGUUUAAUAUAUGAUGUGAAACUUCUCUUAACACUCCGUCACUGAUGAAUGUUGAACCGGAGAGCAGGAUGUUUGUUCUGAAUGAGACUGAAUACAUGAAAUAGUGUUUAAACUGUGUGAUUUCCCACACCGGGAUCAAUAGUGUUAUAUUACUAAUUAAUGUCAAAUAUUCUGUAUAUAUCUGUU